CGGAUAUGUUGUCGUCAGUCAGCUGACUGAGAUUACGGUGAGAGGUUGAGGGUGUUGGAACUUUCAUCGCCGUGCACUUGCUGCGUAUUUAUUUGUACAUGUCAGUUUGCUUGGUUAUUAAGGGCUUUCUUAGGGCAUUUGAUUGAUUAAAUGUGACAAAGAACUGGUGGGCAUAUGCUGACAGGGUCAUUAUAAGGCCCUCUAUUUUGAGUGGCGCAGGAAUUAAUCCUGUGAAGCAGCCCUGGGUGUGUGGUGUCUUGUGGGAGGCGGCGGUGCCCGGCUAUGGGCGGCGGCGCGGGUUGAAGCGGAGGUAAAGAUGUGGAGUUUGAGGACAGUGGUUGAGAGCGCUGUGGAGCACGGAAGACGAGUCCUGCAGCACGUCCACCGCCGACAGGUGAAUCUCGGGCAACAUCCUCAACAACAGACCCGGGCCCCUGACGCUCGCCACAAACUGAGCAAGUGGCAAAGUGAAGGGGGUCCUAGGGUGGACAGACAUGUGACAGAAUGUGGUGGUAGUGGUGGGCAGACAAGUACUGGUGUAGGCAGCAGCUCAUCACUGGUUGCAAGUGGUGUGGUGAAUCGCUUGCGCCCUGUGACCACCCGCUUGAUUCAAGGCUUUGUUCGCAAGGUAUCUGCACCUCUGUGGGCUGAUGCGAAACGACGAACGACAAAACGCCUUGUUUUUGGAGAAACCGCCCCCUAUUUUGCAUUAGUAGGGGUGACUCUGGUGUCUGGGUCACAACAAGGAUUAGUUACCAAGGAAGAUGAACUGGAAGCUCUCUGUUGCAAUAUCAGGGAAGCCAUCUUUAGAGCAGGAUGGUUACACAAUCCUGAAUAUUGGCAGCAUCAAGGAAAUUCAAGUGAGGGAAAGGAUGAAUCCUUUGAAGAGUUGGAAACAGAACAUGCCUUCACCUUGGCUGACUUUGAACUGGGUUCAGUUAUUGAUAAGGGCUGCAAUGCUGUAGUUUAUGCAGCCAAAUGGAAAACAGGUGAGCCUGAAGAUGAGGAUCUCAGUUCACAGCCUGUGAAGAGACAAAGGUCUGGGUCUCCGAUAAUACCAGUGGAGGAGCUAGAAGAAGUAAUGCAAGAAGAGCAGGGUCAGCAAUUUUUCAUUAAUGUCACUGACAGGCUACAGUCCAUAAAUCACCCCGAUGACAACCAGACAAUUACUGAAGAUGAUUUUUCUUUGAAUGGGCUUGAAGAAAUGGACACCCAAGGAUUAAGUGAAACUUUGGAUGUGGAAAAUUUAAUGUCAAGCAGUAAUCGGGUACCACAGCAUUACAUUAAGAAAGUUAAGUUUAAGGUGGAUGAGAAGCAGGGCAACAGCAUGAAGAAAACAUUAAUUACUGAUUCAGAGCAAGGAGCUGUGGCCAGAACACCUACUAUACCAAAUGAAUCAGAAAUGGGUACUGAAGAUUCUACUGAUAUACAAGAAUACCCUUUAGCAGUGAAAAUGAUGUUCAACUAUGAAGCAGAGUCUAAUGCACCAGCCAUCCUCAGAGCUAUGUACAAGGAAAUGCUUCCAGCAAGAAGUUUGCAGUUAGAUGAAGCACAGCUUGAGUGGCAGGAACGAUUUUGCAGUAAGCAUAUGAACUUACCCACACAUCCAAACAUUGUGGAGAUGCCAUGUGUGUUUGUUGACCGUGUUCCCUUUUUAGAAGACUCGAUGCUACUCUAUCCAGAUGCACUCCCAAUACGAAUUAACCCAAGAGGCUAUGGCAGAAACAUGAGUUUAUUUUGUGUUAUGAAAAGGUAUGAUACGAGUCUUCGUGAAUACCUGAUUCAACACAAGCCUCCAGGUCACACCUCCCUUCUCCUUCUAACUCAGCUGCUGGAGGCAGUACUUCACCUCAAUAACCAUAAUGUGGUUCACAGGGAUCUUAAAUCGGAUAACAUUCUUUUGUCGCUGGCUGAAGGAUGGCAGUAUCCAUUGCUAGUUUUGACUGAUUUUGGGUGCAGUAUCGCCAAUGAUACAUCGAACAUGACUAUUUCUUUUCCAUCUUAUGAAGCAGAUCCCAGACAAGGCAAUGCUGCACUGAUGGCUCCUGAGGUUAAGACAGCUGUUCCUGGCCUCUUGCGAUAUGUGGACUAUUCUAAUUCGGAUUUGUGGGCAGUUGGAGCUUUGGCAUAUGAAUUAUUUGGAUUAGAAAAUCCAUUUUGUCCCACUGAGCAAAGUGCAGCGGGUGGUAAACAAAAGUAUCUUGACUCUGCUACUUACAAAGAAUCUCAGUUGCCACGCUUACCAAAGAGUGUUCUGGCCUCGGUUAAGCACUUGGUUCAUGAUAUUUUCACCGUGAAUCUCGAGAUGCAUGAUAGUAUACAUGUAUAUCAUUUUACUUUUUAUUCUUUUCUACUUGUAGUUGUAGCAGGAAAUAUAAUGAUAUUGUUUCAGGAGAAAAAAUAUAAUUCACAGAAGCCUCACUGGUUUAUGGAAAUUGAGGGAAUGGUUGAACAAGAGGAAGAGCCAGAUCUACCUGUUUCCAACCCUGAACAACAGUCUGACUUGCUGCCGAGUGACAGCAAAGUAGUAAUGCAGGUAUUAGUAUGGCUGUUUGUUUGUCUGUUUCAAGGCAUGGACAUAUGCUUACAAAUAUUUUUUUCUCUUGUUUUUCUACAGAGGCCAAGUGUCAAUAUUGCAGCAACAUUGUGUCAGCUGAUACUCUGGGCACCAAGCAAAUGGUUAAGUCGGCAUGCACUCACCCUUCCUACACAUACAGAGAUAAUGCAGUGGCUGUUGUGUCUUACCACGAAAGUUCUUUGUGAAGCUCGACUGUCUCGACCUCAGAACCAAGAUGGAAAAAAGAAUCGAGGGCAGAGGAAAAGAAUGGAAGAAAUGAGGGGAGGAUCAUCUGAGCGUCAGGGUGGACAGCUAGAAUAUGAGUUGGUAUCAACAUUUUUGGCUAGGGUUCAUUAUAUGGAUAUAAUUCAAGCUAUCAAAUGGAAUCGGGCUUUUUAGGUACUGGGUAUUACCUUUGUAAUUAUAUGAUCCUGUGGCAUUUUUGUUUCAUAACAAAAUUUAUAUAAAAUAAUUUUUGAGUUUAUCAUCAUUUAAAUGUGUCUCGGUAUGUUGAAGGAAUUUAGGUUGAUUUUUAUUUCUGAGAAUAAGCAGUUAUUCAUUAAAAAACACUAAAAGUCAAGAGAGACUACUUUACAAAAUGGAUAAAAGCUUUCACAUAUUAGAUAUGUCCUGUGUAUAAUUUUUACAUAUUCAAUUUAUAUUGAUUGAGAGAAAGUGAGAUACAUAGUUACAUUUUAGAUUUCAUGAGAUGAGUUAACACUUACAUUUAAUACAUUAUAAACCAACUGUUAGUUAGGGAUGAAGUAAAAUGGUUACAGAACACUUAUAAAACAAAACAAAACAUCCUUGUAUGUACUUCAAAAUAAAAGAAUAAUAAUAUGAUUUUGGGAUACAAUGUAAUAAUGACUUUAUUAUAUGUUUACUUUUUUAUGACAUUGUCUGACUCAGAUGACUUGUUUAAUGCAUGACAAGUAUCUGGUAGUGAACACCCAGGAUUUACCGUGACACUGAAGACUGGUACUGUACUAAGCAGUUGAUCAGCAGUACUUUUCUGUUGCAAACAUUGCACUUGAAAAAUAGUUAAUCACUCUAACAGCUUGCAUUGCAUCUGGCAGCAAGAAUGCAGAACCAACCACAUAUUUGUUCACCUCACUGAGAAGGAGUCAUUCUUUACAGAAAACUGCCACUGCAUAUACUUUAUUUACUUAUUUUUUAGCACUUGGUUAUUUAUUAGACUAGUUUACAUAGCUCUUAAUGCUUUUACAGUGUGGAUUUGGUGUUCCCUCACAUAGUGUGUGCCAGUAAACACACUUACAUUUUGGGCUCUUUUAAGGCUCUCAUAAACCUCGGUUAUGCAUCACAUGAGGGAAUACAUUACAGUAAUAGGGAUACAGUACUCUUUAAAUUGCAAUAAACCUCUAUUAUUAUAAUACAGAGUACGAACAGUAUUUGAUAGUGCAUUAUUUUCCUUGACAAGAUGAGAGAACUUUUUAUAUGUGAAUAUCUGCAUCUGUGCUUACUAUGAACCAUACAUUUUUGUAGUGGACCCAAGGUGAGAAUAGCAAAUAUCUCCUGUCAUUAAUUGCAACCUAGUUUACUCUGUCGUACAAUGAUAUUACACUGGUUGUUAAUGUUUUACAGUGAAAUCCAACAUUAACAAACUUGGCAGGGAAUGAUUAUUUCAUCAACUACAGUACAGAGAGAACACUUACUGUGAAGAAAAACUGGCAUUUACCCCUCGCCAUUAUGUUUGAACACAAGACAUAAAUUUUUUAUAUCA